AGCCCCCUGCCCCGUUGCAGGGCCGCAUCGCCUGUGCCAACGUGCUGAGUGACCUGUACGCCAUGGGGGUCACCGAGUGUGACAACGUCCUCAUGCUGCUCAGCGUCAGCCAGCGCAUGACAGACGAGGAGCGGGACAAGGUGAUGCCCCUGAUCAUCCAGGGGUUCCGGGACGCGGCCGAGGACGGGGGGACGUCGGUGACGGGGGGACAGACGGUGCUCAACCCCUGGGUCAUCGUGGGGGGCGUGGCCACGGCCGUCUGCCAAUCCAGCGAGUUCAUCAUGCCGGACAGCGCCGUGCCCGGGGAUGUGCUGGUGCUGACGAAGCCCCUGGGGACACACAUGGCUGUCACUGCUCACCAGUGGCUGGACAUGCCCGAGCGCUGGAACAAGAUCAAGCUGGUGGUGACGCGGGAGGAGGUGGAGCUGGCCUACCAGGAGGCCGUGGCCAGCAUGGCCACGCUCAACCGCACCGCUGCAGGUCUGAUGAGGUCGUUCGGUGCCCACGCGGCCACGGACGUGACGGGGUUCGGGCUCC